UAUUGAAUGGUAGCAUUCACCCACCCACGACCUCCCCCCCGACACAUGACAGUGAGUGUACAUGCGUUGGUCCGUAGGUGAAACUAAAACCGAGAGUGAAAGAUUCGCAAGCGUUGUGUCACGGGAAAGGGAAAUAUCGAGGGUUCUCUUUUAAACUUUCUGAAGCAGUCUGGAAUUUCCUGGUGAAACACAAAUAUAAGUCAGUUGCGCGCGGUGACCGAACAAAAGCUGAGAGUCGUGCUGAACGCAGAGAUCGAUGAGUGUCCUUUAUCCACAGCCUGAGGACUCUGUGCUAGAAUGUCGAGCAGAAGGUGGCACAGCCCCUGGGGCACUGCGAGACAGCCAGUUAGUGGAGAAACCUAAAGGGGAAGGGAUUGCAGAACUACAUGCCUGUGCCAAUGGGAGAACAAAGGACUCUUCCCUAUCGCUGGAUAAGGCUUCUGGAAAACAAGAUUGGGAGAAAAAGGAUAAGCUUCACAUUCUCCUGGAAGACUCCCUCUGCAAGGGAGGACAAGAGCUGCUGGCGGCCUUUGCAGAGUUGACCAAGGUACUGGAGUCAAAGGUCAACACAGGGAGCUGGGGCUGGGGCUGGUGUCCUCUGACCCAGGAGUUCAUUGACCGGAUGGACAGACGGACCUCUGCCCUUGAAGACAGACAGACGAUCCUGCAGAACAUCCUGGCUGUGAGAACUCGAGAGCUGGAGAGACUGGGAGAUCAAUGGGGCGACAGGGAGAGACUGAGGAGGAGUGAGGAGAGGAUCGCUCUCCUGGAGAAGCAGCUACAGCAGCAGGAGACGGUCCUGGCCCUGAAGGAUCUGUUAAUCUCAGACAUGGAAUCACGCCUCCUGCUGGCUGAGAACACGUCCUACAGUGGAAGCUUCGUCUGGAAAAUCAGCAACAUGAACCAGAUACUGUGGGCUGCACAGACUGGCAAGACCACAGCAAUCGAGUCUCCGUCUUUCUACACAGACCGCUAUGGGUACCGAUUGUGCAUGAAGCUAUACCCCAAUGGAGAUGGAGCCGGGAAGGGAUCCCACCUCUCCCUCUUCCUGGUCAUCUUACAGGGAGAACACGACUUCAUGCUUCAGUGGCCUUUCCUACACAAGGUCGAGUUUGUGCUUUUAGACCAGCAGACUCGGCAACAUGCCUCCGCAUCCUUCAAGCCUGUGAACUCUGCUCCCUUCCGACGGCCAAUCUCUGAGAAGAACACGGCGAGCGGCCUGCCUCAGUUCUACCCCCUGUCUCAGCUCCAGACAAGCGGUCGCACCUUCAUCAAGGAUGACAACAUGUUUAUCAAGGCUGUCAUCGACACCAGGAAAACGGAGAGAUAAGCUACAGUUUGGGGAUUUUUUAAAAGCCGAGGCAAAGUAUAAAACAACCUACAGUAGUUCAGUUAAAUUAUAGUUCAGUGUAGUUUUUCAAUUAUAGACAAAAACAUUUUAUAAACAUGCUCCUUCUCUGGUCGAUUAUUUUGAAAGUGUUCAGCAUGACACUACGGAGCCCGGGAGUGGACAGGAGAGAAAAAAUAUAUAUCUCGUGCACACGUAUUACUAUCUCGUGGCCACAAGAUACCUGUCCUGCACACACGAGAUAUAUAUUUUUUCUCUCAGGUCCCCUCCUGGGCUCCAUACGAUACAGCUGGAGUAAGGAGAAACAUCGGCUGACAGCCCCUCAACAAUAAUGUUGUCUACACAGCAGAUGUGUAGAACAGAGAGACAGGUAUGACAUGCUAUUAGGGUAAUAAACUAGAGUUUUUUUAAUUCUACAAAGUUGACUAAUAUUAAAAUAAGUUAUGAAAUCCAAGGUUUUGUAAGCAUGCCAAAUGUAUGUGUUUCUCAUUUCUGUAAAACUGACUGGAGCAAAUGCUUUGUAAAUUAGGGCCUAAGUGGCUAAAGACAAAUGUAAAAUUGUGUCCAUAAUAACUGAAUGUCCAUUAACCACGUCCAAUGUACCUUAAUGGCUUCAUUGUUCAUUGGACAUAGCUAGGUGUUAAGCUGCUUAGUAUUUAUAUGUUGUUUUUUUUAUUAUUAUUAAUAUUAUUUUGUAUUGAAAACUAUGUGGUAUAAUUUAUUAAAAAAAAAAAACAUUUAUUGCA